AUGACGAUCGCGAGCCAGAAGACCCAGAUCAUGGUGCUGUCUCAGUGGAGCCGAGACGCCAAGGACACCACCAUCCUGAUGUCUGGCACACCUGUCCGAGCGACCCCCACCGUCAAGCUCCUGGGGGUCACGCUCGAUAGGCUCCUCCACUUCGGCGACCACUUUGCCAACCUCAAGAGGAAGGCUCGCCCUCGCAUCAACCAACUGCGGAAGCUCACCGGCCACUCAUGGGGGCUUCGUGAGCACCACCUGCGCGCCGUGGCCAACGGGUACAUCCGCGGCGCCAUCGAGUAUGCGGCGGCCGCGUGGCUUCCUGCGGCGUCCCGCUCCCACCUGGAGCUGGUGGACCGGGAGCUGCGCGCGGCGGCCCGCGCCGUGACUGGUUGCCCGCUAUCCACGCCGGCCCACGCUCUCAUGGCGGAGGCUGGUCUGCCAACCGCAGAGAUGCGCAGCGCCACCCUCGCCGCGAGGAUGCUGGCGCGCGCCUCUGCACUGCCCGCCGAGGACCCGCUCCGCGAGCUCGCCGAAGCCACCGUCCCCUGCCGACUCCGCAACGGGAUCUCCAUCUCCUGCGCCGUCCCGCCCGAGUGCGUCCGCAGCGCCGGCGAACACGCCCGCCGUGCAGCGGCGGAGGCACUGCUGUCCGACCUCCCCGGAGCGGAGCGGGCGACCUGGGUGUGGUCCGACGGAUCGGCGAACGGCGGCACCGCACGCGGAGGAGGCGGCGCCCUGAUCGCUCUUCCGACCGGCACCGAGCACACGGUCAGAGCCCCCGCCGGCUCUCUCUGCUCAAGCACACGAGCCGAGCUGGUGGCCCUUCGAGCCGCGCUGGAAGAGCUCGCCAAACCAGACACCUCACCGGACCCGGACAGGUACCCGACCACCAUUAUCUGCCUCGACUCCAGGGCGGCGCUGCAGACAGUGGACGCGGGCCCGGCGGCACAGAGCUGGCCCGACGGCUGGUACCGCUCCAUCUUCACGGAUCAGACUCUGCCCGCGCCGGUCCGGCUUGACAGUCGAGAGGCCGCGGUGGACGUGCAUCAACUUCGGGCCGGCCACUGGAGCAUGUCAGCCCAGUACCUCCACCGUAUCGGCCGCCGGCCGACCGCCGCCUGCCCCGGCUGCGCGGACGCCGGCUGUCCGGCCGCCCGGUGCCUGGUGUGCGAGGAGGCGGACACCCCGCAACACGUCCUGCUGCGCUGCCCACGGGACGACGUGGUGGCGGCCUUGGCCGCCGGCUUUCGGUCCUUCCAGAGCCGAACGACUACGCCCCGGUGA